AUGUCCAACUUGGUGGUGAAGACUAUUUGGCAGUCCAAGGAGAUCAACGAGGCCGGGGACACCCCGCCGUGGGCCUGCGGUCGGCCCCAAGGAAGCAAGGAGCAACUGGGGAGCAAGCCUAGUGGCACCAAAGGCUUCCCCAAGAAGAAGAAGGCCGUCUCUUUCCAUGGUGUUGAACCCCACUUGGCCAGUGAAAACUCCAAGCUCAACUUGAAGCGGUCUUCUGCCUGCACCAAUGUUUCUCUGCUGAACCUGACUGAUGGAGAACGUGAUGACUCCACCACAGAGAAUGAAUCCACGGAUGAUGGCAGUCCUCCUGGGGGAGCAGCCGGCGAAAGAAGCGCACCCCUGCUCCCCAUCAAGUCAGUUUGGUCUGAAUAUGAUGAUGAUGAUGACACAUCCAGCCAGCAGGAAGUGAGCAAUAGUGGCCUGUUGCGAGCCAAGGACUCCAUCACCAGCCUCAAGGAGAGGACGUCCAAGGUCAACCGCCAUGUUCAGAACCUGCAGAGCGAGUGUACAGUGUUAUGUGAAAACCUGGAGAGGCGUAGACAGGAGGCUGAGGACCUGGAGGAGUAUUGUACUCAACUUAAGGAUUGCUGCCGAAAGGUGACAAGAUCAGUAGAGGAUGCUGAAGUCAAGACCAAUGUGCUCAAGAAGACUUCAGUGAUCCUGGAGGAGAAGCUGCGUUUCUUACAGCGGCAAGUUCAAGUAGAGGACCUCAGUCGGCAGGGCCGUGAAUGGGAAGACCUGGAACAGAGGAUGGCAUCUGGAAUCUCCAAACAAUUUCUGGAUCUGGUCGGCAGUGCAACGACAAUAGCUUUGAGACCUUCCAAUUCCGAGGAAGGUGAACUACCACCAUCUACUGCUGCUAUCCUGGCAUCCAUCAACAACCUGCGAGUGGCGCUGGAGAGUGGGCAUUUGCGAGCAGGACCAGGGGAUGAGGGGAGCAUUGAUGGAAAGUCAAAUACGGCUUCUACCUUGGCUUGCAUUCCUCUGCUGGAAGAGAUCAGGAAAUGUGUGCUGGAGCUCUCAGGGCAGUCUCAGAGGGAGGCAUUGAUCCAGAAGGAGGUGCUGCGAUUAUUGGCCCAGCUGGGUGUGCGCCUGGAAGGGCUGAUUCCACAGUGGGAGAGGACACAAGUGGAACAUAGCCAGGCACUCAGGAUUCUGCGAGAGGAACUGGAUGAGGUCUCUGCCACGGUCAAGCGGACCUCAGUGUCCCUCACCCAGCUUCGUGCUGACCUAGAUGGGGUGCGACAAGUAAAACCACUGCUGGAAGAUGUGUCUCGGCAUCUGUCAGUGCUCAAGCCCUUGGAAACACCUGAGAGGCAAACUGUCGGCUGUGCCAGAUGUUCCAGCUAUAGUUUCGUGAACACAGAGUCACUGCGACAGAUGGUUGAACAGGCUGUGGCACCCAUCUUGGAGGAGCUGAAGCAGAGGACUCCACCCCCAGGCACAUGCUCCAGCUGCCAGCUUUUACAGAAGAAGAUAAUGGAUCUGGAACAAUCAGCCCUGGAUAUUCAUGCCCGAGCAGAGGUCCUGAGCUCAAAUGUACGUCUAGCCCAUGAUGAGGCCCUGAGAGCCAACUAUCUGGAGCAGGCAAGAAUUGGAACAGACAGGGAUAAAUCCAAUAGCCUGGAUUACUUGCAGAACAAGCAGGGCUCUCUCCAUUCCCAGCUGGUGCUGGCCUCUCAGGAAGGGGUGCCUCAGUCCCCAGGAGCCUCCCUUGCUGCUAAUGUUGCUCUCACCAAGCGGAGCUCUUGCCCUGCUGAAAUGGAUCGACAACCCCAAUAAUAGAGAGAAACAGCCACAACUUGAUGCUGCUCAACCUUUUGCAAACCAGAAGAUAACUCCAGGAAUGAACCUACCAGUUGAGAUUUAUUAAGCCUGGAAAUUGCUCGUUCCUUUGCAUGAAUAAAGAGUUAAC